GACAACACGAGCCUUAGGCCCGGAGGCCUCGGCGGCCUCCGGGUCGCCGAAAGCGCCGUAUGCGCGCCACCUCCUUCUGAAUGUUCCGCGGAGUUCAGUGGAUCGCAGGAAAGUAAGGAGCUGUUGAAGCAGUUGUCAACUGUGAAUCGAUCACUAGCUGCUACGAAUCUUCAAGUCGUUUUAUAGUUUGAAAGCGAUAGCGAGAGAAAAAAAGAAAAGAAGAAAAAAUAUGCAAUCCUGAGCAAGGUCGACGCAUUGGUCGAUCGAAUACAAAUCAACAUCAACGUGCAAAAAUCCGACCCCCCACCCAAACAAUAGCAUACGAAAGUAGUCGAUAACAACAUCGAGGAGUCUCUGCUAUCAUAAUGUUAUAUAAUUUUGUUUGAUUCGUUAGUAUUUACAUGUUCGUUAGUCUUCAAGAACAUCGAUUUUAUUUUUAGUCACGUUUUUACUAC